AUGGUGCUCGUCACCAGUAUCGUUGCCCUCUCCCAAAAGGUCUCAGACGACAAGAAAAAGCGCAACGAAGCAAAGCAAGGUCAACUCUCCAUUGGCGACAGCGACGAAGCCAAAGACGUUUUCUCAGAGGGCUCAGGUCCAGGCCUUGCUCGUACAGGCACCGAGAUCAAAUUUGAAACUCCAGCAGAUGUCUCAGCGGGCACGGAGAGUCCACCAAUCUACAGCCAACAGGCACAGGUCGGGGACGCACGACACACUUCACAGAUCCAGAUGGCGAGUCCUAUGGAGUCAGAGAAAGCUACGCCAACCACAGCCUCGCCUAGCAUAGGUACACCUGCUACGCCGAACGAUCUCAGCUCCCAGCGGCCGCGCAGCAGUACUCUACAAGGUCCUCCCUCUUAUUCCUCCGGCCCGGAAGCAGACACAGACACGUUAAAAGUGACCACCACCCGCAACCCAGCUACCUCCCCAUCGCGUAAGCGAAGCAGCUUCGACAGCAGAUCCCUCUCCACCCGCAGCACCAACUCGCAAGGUACACAUGCCAUACGGGUCAAGACCAGAGGAGCCGACCUCAAAUCCGGCUUCCCCUACCACCCAGCCCUCUUCGACCUCCGCGUGCACCCGGGGAAAUGGGAGACCUUCACCACCGACAUCGUCUCCGCCACUAAGAGCACUACAGGCGACACCCUCAAAGUCUGGGGCGCCGCCACCGGCCUCGCUUUGGCCGGGGCGUGGGCGACUUCCAUCUUCGUCGGGCGCACAAUGAGCCGGCAACUGCAGGAACGGCGCGUAAAGGAUGGCCUCGCUUCCGGCAGUCUCGGCGACAAGCUCAAGCUCUGGAACGAAGAGUACUUCAUUCAACAGAACCUUUUCGUGCACCUGGAGUUGAGCGAGAGCGCGAUGAAGAAUCAAGGCAAGAGUACUGCUUGGAGGAAACCGACGGCUUUUUAUAGUAAAGAUGAGGGGGAGCGGAAGAGGGAUGAGAGGAAGUUUGUCAUCGUGGUGACGAAGUUGGACGACGACGGGCAGCCGAGGGAAGCGCUGCAUGAGCUUGGGGUGGAGGAAGGGGCGGUGGAGAUUGGGAGUAGUAACGGGGUGAUUUCGCGAGCAACGGAAUUACCUGGGGAUGAGGGUGGGAAGGCGGUGGAGUUGCCGGGUGAGACACCUGUUGAACUUUCUUGCAAUGCUGCGGCUGCGGAGAAGGCCAACGAUAAACCAUACGGAUUCGCAGAGAUGGAUGGCGACAAUAGCCAUCUGCUGGAGAAGAUGCAGCUGGAAAGCGAGUCUGAUCAAAGGCCUACUGCUGCAAAGACAUGA